ACUUUCCAACAAUGUUAACACAAUGAAAUCCGUAAAGUUUUUCAUCAGUAUUGACUCGUGAUCCUACUGUAGAAUUUCCAUCACGUAACACCCCAAAUUCUCUUCUUUCUCUACGAAUGCCACGUGUUUCAUCUCUUGUUUACUAUUCGGUGCUUACGUUUUAUCAUUCUUUGUGAAACUGCGUUUUUGAACAAAUACUUCUUCUAUUUAAAGCCUAGAAAUAACUCGUGCUAAACUAUGACGUCAUCCUUGUACGACAAUGAUAGAAGUGUGUUCUCGUUUUGCUGUACAGUUCCAACUUGUGCAAAACAUGGGUCGUUGCUACCGAGAAAAUUCUUGAAAGUAAAACAGUAUUAGCUAGUGCAUUUAUUGGCGAGUUACACCCACUCUGCGAGCCAAAUACGCCAUUUCUAAACAGAACUUGGGUGCAGGGUUGUAAACUUAUGACAUGCUCAUGACAACAAAACUAAAAAAGAUCAAAUGGUGGCCAAAUUUUGGCACGUUGAAAAAUGAAAUUACGUGACGUGAAAACUUCUUAAGGCUUUCCGACCGUGAAUUACUUUAAAAUCACACCGCAAAAACCAUUGAAAGCUAUGUUUGAUUCGGCAAUUUUUCUGGUAUUUUCUCUUUCUUCGUCGUUGAUUGCUGCUGUUGUCCUUUAUGACCUAUAUCGCCGCCAGAAAAAGCAUUCUGAUCAAGAAAAAGAAGACCUUGAUCUUGUUUGCUACUUAGCAAAGUUCCCAUUUGAGAUGAAUAACGAAGAUCGUUGUGUGGCUCUAAUGAAAAAGCAUCAGAUUUCUCCUAAUGCACCGAGUAGCAAUUUGCAGCGUUCCCAUAUAACACCUUUUUUGUCAGCUUGCUUUGGAGGAUCGUUUAAACUCAUUCAGUUCAUGCUAGAAUUCGGAGCGGAUAACGAAUUCUACAAUCUUAACGGAGAUGGUGCCCUUUACAUGGCUAUCUACGGAAUCGCGUGUCGCCUUCAAUCUGCUCAGUGUGCUCAAAAACGAAGCAGCGAAAUUCAGCGUGGUGUUCUUAUAAUAGACUGCCUCACAAAUCUAGGAUGCGAUGUAAACUCAAGGAACGAAUUUGGUUUCACUCCUUUACACUGGGCUGCUACAACAGGCGAGAAAUGGCUAGUUGAUCAUCUUUUGAAAAGAGGAGCUGAUCCAUUCAUUUUGACUACUCACAGUAAAGCUCCACCUUCUGCUUUUGCUUCAGAGAAGAAACACGUCCAAAUGCUAUUGAAAGAGGCGGAGAACGUACACCGAUCAUUCUAAUUUGACUUCCGUGUAUCUAACGCCAGUAACUGUAUUACAGAUGUAUCAUACAUACACACUGUACUGUACACGAAAAAAGACCAAACACCCAAACAUGGUGAAACUGAAAUUCUGAUCGACAAAAUGUAAUAAUUGGAGUAUGAUUAUUAGUCAAGAAGAUGUGGAGAAGGGAGCAACAGAAUACAGUGUACAAAGUGCUCUAAAAGGAAAUAUGUCACUGACAUUUCAAUGGAAAG